AAAGUUUCCCUCGCUUGCGGUACCAACACCAGCAAUACCCACAAUCACCAGUCUCCACAGUGCUUCACAGCUCAUGUCUCCACACACAAAUCGUAAUUAGAAAUCAAAUACCCAACAGUGACACCGACACGUGGCGGGCAUCCCCCUUGCAGCACUCCCGAAUCCAAUGAUUAAAGCUGAAGCGCCUUAAGUGUGAUGGGGGACUUAAACGGAUUUGAUCGCCCGGCCAACGCGAAUUUUACAGAUUAAUUGCUAAAAAUGGCGGGCUUAUGGUUUGUGAAUUGGUGAAAGAUCAACUGGGUUUUAAUGGAUCCGUGUCCGUUUGUGAAGGUUUUGGUGGGCGGGCUUGCCCUAAGAGUUCCUGUGGUUUCAAAGCCCACCCGUGCGGGCGUCCAUCCUUGGGGAAUCCCUUGUUUCUGUGAAAUGAAAUUGGAUAAAUUUUCUGUUCAGAAGACCGUAGUACCACUUGUUUCUGCGGAUUCUCCUUCCCCGGAUGUGCAUAAUGUGGCGGCAAGUUUUCAUUUGGAGCAGGCGGAGAUUAUUAAGCUUUCCCAGGGGUCCUGCCUCGGGGGUUCGAAACCGCGACUUGAGAUCGCAAUUUACACUGGCCGCCAGGGUUCCACCUGUGGAAUUGGUCUGGGAAAGAUGCUGGGGAAAUUCUCGGUGGCCUUGGAGCUUGGAGGAUGUUUUGAAAAGGUGAUUGUUUUUCAUAGUGGUUGGGUUUCAAUUGGGAAGGGCGGGGAUUCGAAACCGGGCACUCAGCUGCAUUUGAAUGUAAGGGCAGAGCCUGAUCCUAGGUUUGUUUUCCACUUUGAUGGUGAGCCUGAGUGCAGUCCGCAGAUUUUCCAGAUUCAGGAUAGUAUUCGCCAACCCAUCUUCAGCUGCAAGUUUAGCCACGAGAGGAAUUCCAGAUCACGGCAACUCCAAUUCGACCACAGUAACAGAAGUUGGCUGGGUUCUUUUGGUAGCAGUAGGGAGAGGGAUAGAAAGGAGCGAAAGGGAUGGUUGAUUAUGAUACAUGACCUUUCUGGCUAUCCUGUUGCAGCUGCAUCAAUGAUAACCCCCUUUGUUCCUUCAUCUGGAACAGAUAAAGUAAGCCGCUCCAAUCCCGGUGCUUGGCUCAUUCUUAAACCAGGAAACAUGGACGACAGUUGGAGACCAUGGGGUCGAUUGGAAGCUUGGAGGGAACGUGGCAACAACGAAGGUUUGGGCUUCAGAUUUGAGCUCUUGGCGGAGGGUGGUGGUCUGGUGGGAACUAACAAUGGAAUUUUGCUUGCAGAAUCAGUGAUUAGUUCUCAAAAGGGAGGCAAGUUUCUCAUUGACAUGAGUACUGGCAAGUUAGGGACUUCUUCAGUUAAUUCUCCUGUUCCAAGCCCUCAGAGCAGUGGAGAUUUUAGUUAUAAUCCCUGGCCCUUCCCUCCAAGUGCCUACAGAGGCUUUGUGAUGAGUUCUACAGUACAAGGAGAACACCAGAGCAGCAGGCCUGUAGUUCAAAUAGCCAGGAGAUAUGUUACUUGCAUGCAAGAUGCUGCACUGUUUGUGGCUUUGGCAGCAGCAGUUGAUCUGAGCAUGGAUGCAUGCCAGCUAUUUUCAAGGAAAUUGAGAAAGGAACUCUGUAAACAAGAUACGGUUUCUUAUGGGUUUUAGGCACUGUCGAAAGAAACAAGUAGAGAUCUUUAUUGGGCUUGUUAUGAGAUAAUCAGAAAACCAUGUUUGUUACAUUUGGAGUUCUGGGAUUUGACCACAAAAAUCGUAUCGUUUGUUUAUCUGCCCUUCAGUUUACCGUAUCUGCGCUGCUGCCCUUCAAAAAAAUUUAGUGGGUGUUAUGAGUUAUUUAGUCCAGAUCACCAGAGGACUUGUUUACAGAAAUGUUUCUCGGAUACCUGGUCUUGAGGAUCUUGAUAAAGAAUUUGAAGCCAUGGCAGCAAAGUUCGCUCCCCAUACACUUCAUCUCGUGGCUGUACUGUAGAAAAAACUUGUCUGUAGAAAAUACUUUUUCUGUAUCAUAUUACAGUCUUAUCAACUUUCACUUAUAGAUGGUCCAGGGUUAUUAUAUUCA